CAAUAUUCUUUCCAAAUCCAACGAAGUUCGAUAAGAACUCCUUCCGUAUACAGUGUUCCCCAAAUCAAUUAGGGUAUUUUUAGUUCAUCAUCUAUUUUUGAUUAUCACGCUUGCAUCUUAAAUCGCACUAUGGAAUGUUGGCAGGCUUCGAACUCUGAGAAUGAUCGGGUGGGAGAUGGUGUUCAAACUUGUCCCAGAGUAAAUUUUGAUAAUGGUACAGAUUUUAAUAAUUCUUUAGAUGACGAAUGCAAUGAUCAUAAUAUCGAUACAACCUAUGCUAGUAACCGAGUAGAUUUGGUUCACUCAAAAUUACAGAAAGAACAAAUUCCAGUAAUUGGAAUGAAGUUUGAAACCGAAGAAGAUGCGUAUACAUUUUACAAUUCAUAUGCAUACAAUUUUGGAUUUAGUAUUCGAAAGAGUAAAGCACAUUUUUCCAGUAAAAGAAGGUUGAUAAACAGACUUUAUGUUUGUUCAGCUGAUGGUAAGCGUGGUGUAGACAAACGUGAUGUUAAUGUUAAGGUUCAUCGUGCAGAGACAAGAUUUGAUUGCUUAGCGAGGAUGAAAAUUAGUUGUACAACAACCAAUAAGUAUUGUAUCGUUGAAUUUUCCGCGCAUCACACACGCCACUACAACUCCUAGUAAGACCCAUUUCUUUAGAUCUCACAAAAAAAUGAGUGUUGUGCAUACAACACAGGCUGAUAUGGCUGAUGCUUCAGGAAUCGCUCCUAGAGAAACUGUUGAAUUUAUGAGUAGACAAGCCGGUAGUCGCCGAAAUCUCGAGUUUAUACCUGUAGACUAUAGAAAUUAUUUGCGUUCCAAGCGAAUGAUACAAAUGAAAGUAGGAGAUACAGGUGGUGUGAUAGAAUAUCUACAGAAUAUGCAAUUAACUGAUCCAAAUUUUGUUUAUGCUAUACAAGUAGAUGAGGAUGAUUUGAUAACUAACAUAUUUUGGGCUGAUGCAAGGAUGAUGGUGGAUUAUGAAUACUUCGGCGAUGUGGUAUCUUUCGACACAACCCACAGGAAAAACAAAGAUGGGAGACCUUUUUCUAUGUUUGUUGGAGUAAACUAUCAUAAGCAAUCAGUUAUAUUUGGUGCGGCAUUAUUGUAUGAUGAGACUGGAGAAGCCUUUAUGUGGUUGUUUGAUACUUUCGCUAAAACUAUGUCAGGUAAGAAGCCAAAAACUAUUUUCACUGAUCAAGAUGCAGCAAUGGAUAAAGCAUUAGCUUCGCAAUGGCCAGAAUCAUGUCAUCGGUUAUGUAUUUGGCACAUAUAUCAAAAUGCUGCAAAGCAUCUUAGCCAUGUAUUUCAAGAGUUUAAGGACUUUACAGAUGAUUUUACUAAUUGUGUAUACGAUUAUGAGGAUGAAGAAGAAUUUGUAAAUGCAUGGAAGACGACGCUCGAAAAAUAUGGUCUUCAUGACAACAAGUGGUUGAAAGAGUUAUUUGAAAUAAGAGAAAAAUGGGCAUUGGUUUAUGGGCGAGAUACUUUUUGUGCAGAAAUUACUACCACUCAACGCAGUGAAAGUUUGAAUAGUUCUUUAAAACAGUACAUUAGUUACAAGUAUGAUUUAUUGCGGUUUUUCAAAAAUUUUGAAAGAGUGUUAGAAAACCGCCAUUACCAAGAAUUGGAUAUGGACUUUAAAGCUAGUCAAAGUUACCCUGCAAUGUCGUUUCCGGUGAAAAUUCUGAGACAUGCCGCUAAGAUUUACACGCCGGCAAUAUUCACAUUGUUUCAGAAAGAGCUAUGUAGAGCUCAUGAUUGUGCCUUGACUGUUAUUAGUGAAAAUGAGACAGAGAGUACUUAUGGAGUUAUUCCUCAUGGGAAAAAUUAUCAUCGUACGGUAAUCUUUGACUUAAUGGAUAAUAAUAUUUCAUGCAGUUGCCGAAAAUUUGAAUUUGUUGGUUACCUAUGUUCACAUGCAUUGAAAGUUCUAUCUUUGAAAAAUAUCAAGAGUAUUCCUGAGCAACAUAUAUUGAAGAGGUGGACAAAAGCCAUCAAAUCUGGGAGUGCGAAAUCAAGUUCAAAUUCUGGAGGCAGAAUUGACUCAAAAGAGAAGAUACUAAGACGUUACAAAGAGUUGUGCAGACUACAAACAAAAAAUGACCUCGCAAAACGAUGGAUCCUAAAAGCAAUUCUCAGAAGGUUGUUCAUAAUUCCCAAAGCAAGCUCUCAAAUGGUGCAGGAACCUACUGCGCUUUUUGGAACCAUGUGUGCGAACAAUAAUGUAGUACCGAUACCAACACCGUCACCAUUACAUACUAUGCCGGCUAUAUUCCUUUUGAUCCUUAUCGACAACAGCCUAACAUCAUGGUUGAACUCUUGCAGGAGCAAUUGCGAAGAGGACAAAAUUCGCAUAAUCCAUGCGCGCAAAAGUACCUGUGGGAACAAGAAUAUAGAUGAAAUAGAAUAUGUGAUUCAUCGCGCGUAAUGCCAAUUGAUUCAUAGUACAUUAGUUUUUGGAUUUAGAAUAUAUAUGUGAUGUACUGAAAGAAGAGAACUACAAGAACAGGUCUACUUUGGACGUGUUCUUACUGUGGAGGCUCAACUUUUAGUUUUCUUAUUUCAACUGUUCUUUGAUACUCAUGCUUGUACGUGGAUAUAUGACUAAAUUGUAACACGAGUAAGCAAGGGAUUUUUAUAAGUUAUGGAUGUAGCUAGUUGAAGUGUUUGAUC